AUGUUGCAGGUGGGGGUUAGAGUCACUCUCUUGCUUCUGCUGUUGGCUGUCCGGUGUGUUACACAGGAAGAAACACAGAAUAAAGGCUGUGUUUGUGGACACCCUGGAAUACCAGGGGACCCUGGACACAAUGGCACACCUGGCAGAGACGGCCGAGAUGGACUCAGAGGUGACAAAGGUGAUCAAGGUCAAGUUGGCCUUAUUGGAUCAGCAGGCAAUGAUGGCCACAAGGGAGACAAAGGGGAACUCGGUGCAGUUGGCCCAGCAGGGCUCAAAGGAAAAAGAGGAGACAAUGGAGAACGGGGACCCCCUGGGAAAAUGGGGCCCCAAGGAGUCCAAGGGCCCAUGGGCCUUAAAGGAAGUAAGGGAGAGCUUGGGUUGACGGGACCCCAAGGACCUAAAGGUGAUUUGGGGCCUCUUGGACCAGAGGGUCCGAAGGGGGAGAUUGGCCUUAGAGGUGACAGAGGCAUUCAGGGUCCAUUGGGACCCCCUGGGAGGACAGGGUCUAAGGGGGAAAUUGGUAUCCCAGGUCACAAAGGCAAUAUUGGUUAUCGUGGUGAGAGAGGGGCUCGGGGAGAGCAAGGUGAUAAGGGUGAGAAGGGAGAUGAACUUGUUAUCUCUAAAAGUGCCUUCUCUGUGGGACUCACAGCGCAAAGUAAACUCCCAGCAGCCAACGCACCGAUCCGGUUCGACAAGAUCAUUUACAAUGAACAGAAUCACUACAAUCCACAAACAGGAAGAUUCACGUGCUCCGCAGCAGGGGCCUAUUUCUUCAACUACCACAUCACCGUCUACGCCAGAAACGUGAAGGUGGCUCUGGUGAAGAACGGUGUGAGGAUAAUACACACCACAGAUACCUACCAGAGCAGCGAAGAUCAGGCAGCAGGGGGCGCUGUGCUGCACCUGGCUGUGGGGGACAAGGUAUGGCUGCAGGUGGCUGGAGGAGAGCUGUUCAAUGGGCUCUUUGCUGAUGAAGAUGAUGACACUACCUUCUCUGGGUUCUUAAUUUUUGGGGCUUGA